AUGGCUUAUCAUGAAUCGAGAUUCGAGCAUCUUGCUAGACAAGUCGAGAGGAUUGCUCGAAUUAUCGAUUAUGAUGAAGGUCAAAAUGCUGAUGAUGUUGUAGCCGGAUUGCGUGGUGAAUGCUAUCAAGUCACUAGAAUUGUAGAAGAGGUUUUAAAUCGGGUUGGGCUGAAUGUUGGUUUUAUGAAUCAACCACAUUUUGUGUCUGCUUUUUCCCAAGUAGUUCAAAUGGCUGAAGUACCAAGAGGGGUGAAAAAUCUGAAAAUAACCACAAAAUUUGCCGAAGAAGUUGGAGAAUCAACUACGGAACAUGUUGCUCGUUAUUUUGUCGAGAUCGGGAAUCUAGCUAAUAAUGAAAAUUUGAAAAUGAAAAUUUUUCCUUUGUCAUUGACGAAGAAUGCAUUUACUUGGUUUUCGAAUCUUAGACCAAAUUCGAUCACAACAUGGAAUCAGUUAGAAAUUGCUUUUCACGCUCAGUUUUAUCGAGGGAAAAUGAACGUAGCAGUUACUGACUUAGUGGCUUUGAAACGUGAAGAUGGUGAGACCAUCGAUGAUUAUUUAAUAUGUUUCAAAAAUGCUAAAAGUAGAUGCUAUGUGACAUUACCUGAAAGUGAGAUAGUGAAAAUAGCGACCAUGGGGUUGGGAUUCUAUAUGUGCAGGAAAUUGCUUAUUGUGCAUAUUCCUAAUCUGGCUCAUUUGGCUGAAAAGGUUCGGCAGACCGAGCUUAUAAAAAAAGAGAAAGAAAAAUAUAGAAAUGAACAAAGGUCGAAGAGUAAACCGUUUACUCGAAAAGAAAAGGUUGCCUAUGUCACCAUGGAAUCCUCAGAGGAGGAAUUUGAUUUCGAAACAGAAGUCGAUUUGGCUGAACUUAAGAAAGGUCCUCCAUAUAUUUGCUCUUUACUGAAAAAACUUCCUAGUAGUGAAAAGUCGAAUGAUUCAAAACUUAAAAGUGGGAAGAAAUAUAGUUUUGAUAUAUCAAAAUCUGAUCAGAUUUUUUAUGUGUUACUUAAAGAUAAAUAA